AUAGAUCUGUUUACGUUAUGCGUGUGUCGUUAUAUGUCCCUCUUCUUUCUUUAUGUAUCAAAAAUUAUUUUGAAGAAACUCAUAGCGUCUGUUUAAUUAAUGAAAAGCAAUCCGCCGUGUCACUAGCAGUCGUACAAGCUAGAAUUGUUGCCAAAGGUAGCAGUGAGAUUGCUCAAAAUAUAUUCAGAAAAAAAGCAUAUUGUGAAUUUAAUGAAUAAAAAUUAAUCUGCAAUGUCAUUAAUUGCUGCUCAAAUGGUAAUUUUCUUUAAACCUGCUAUUAAUCAUAUUCGUAAAGUACGUUCAGAAAUUCCUAAAGACGAAAAUCAAAUAAUGUAUUUAACGAAUGAAAAAGAAUUAAAAAAAUCAGCAACAUCUGCAGAAACUAUAAAUAUUUCUGUUCCUAAACUUAAAAUACAUAAAAAAAUUAUGAAAGAAAAUGAAUCUGUACAUUUAACUAGCGAAAAGGAAUCUGAAACAUCGUCACUUGUGAAUCGUUCAGAACAAACAUUAAAAAUUUCUAAUCCCCGGACUGUAGAUAAACAGAAACAAGAAAGCAAGUGUUAUGCAUGUAGUAUAUGUGGCAAGUCAUUUAAAACAAGAUAUAAUUUACAUAAGCAUUCGUUUACACACACCGACAUUAGACGUUAUGUAUGUAAAAUUUGCAAUAUGUCAUACAGACAGAAAUAUAGCUUAACAUGUCAUGAAAAAAUGCAUACACGUGAAGAACUUUUUGUAUGUGAUAUUUGUGAUAAAUCAUUUGUUAAUUUACGCAGUUUAAACAGACAUAAGAUUUCUCAUACAAAUGCCAGACCUCAUGUAUGUGAAGUAUGUUUCAAAUCAUAUAAAGAUAUCCAUGCUUUAAGAAGUCACCAGAACACUCACAUAGAAGAUAAACCAUAUGUUUGUGACAUUUGUAGUAGAUCAUUUUCUGCUAAGAACAUUCUAGUGAAACAUAAACUUUCUCAUACAAAUGAUAGACCUUAUGUAUGUGAGGUGUGUUAUAAAUCCUAUAAAGAUAUGCGAUAUUUAAAGAGUCACGAAAGAACUCACUCAGGAGAAAAGCCAUAUUCGUGUGAUGUUUGUUUCAAAUCCUUUAGUAGUAGUGAUUAUCUGCGUAAACAUAAAAAAAUUCACAUAGGAUUGAAACCUUUUACAUGCCCUGUAUGUAGCAGGAAGUUCUAUGAAUCAUAUAUGCUAAAGAAGCAUCAGCUAACUCAUAUAGAUAGCAAAUCAAAUAUAAGUAAGGAAUUAUCCAAAGAUAAAUGUAAUAGCAAUGGAAAUAAACAACAUCAUGUGUGUGAAGUAUGUGAAAAAAGUUUCAGUUCAAAGGGUUCACUCUGCAGACAUUACCUCAAGCACACUGGAGAAAGACCAUAUGUUUGCGAUGUUUGUGCCAAAUCAUUUGCUGCUAAAUGUACUAUGGACAGGCAUAAGCUGGUUCAUGGGAAGAACCUAAAUAAAUUAUUGUAAAAGGCACAUCUAUAAUUAGCGUAAUUUGUUCAUGACAGUUACCAGUUAUAAAAUAAAAUGUAGAUUGCCAUGAGUAAACAAAUAAUUUAUAGCAAAAUUUUACUGGAGAGAUGGCCAGCUUAUACAUGAGAUAAAAUGAUUUGCAUCUAAUAUAAUCUUAAAAAUGAUAGUCGAUAUAUAAUAGCUGCAAAAAUUUAAUUCUUUUGAUCUAAAUAUACAAAUUUCUUAGUAUUAAGUGCAAGUCAAAAUUUUUGAGCAAUUCUUGAAAAUUUCUUUCUGGUAGAGGCAAAUCCAGGUGAAGGUCAUCAUCUUUUUCUUCAACAUUAACAUUGUUAUCACUCCCUCAUAGAUCAUCUUCAUCUCAUCAUCUUCAGCUCCAUUUAUAACAUCGCUCAGCAAAAGUGAUAACAUUUGUUUUAAAACUAACAGAAAGCUCAACCCUUUUUCAUCAGAGAAUUUUCAACUGUAGAACUGAAAUAAAGAAUUGUAUUUUACUUGUAAAAGAAAAACUGAAACUGAGAAGAAAAUGUCUUGUGAUUGAUGGAACAUGGCUAUCACAACUGAGAAUCAAAGUAAAAUUCAUCAUUUAUCGUAAAAGUAUUGAAUGUCGCAUAUGCCGAAAAGCUGAGAGAGUUGAGAUAAAAAAACAUUUUUCAAAUGAAAGUUGAAGGUAAAAUUGGCAUUUGCCUUCAAGUCUUCUUAUAGAUCUCGCUAACCUAGAUAAGCAAUUAUGAAUACAUUUGGUGAUGUAUAUAGAUGAAUUUAUAGGGUAUUUUUUAGCAUAAGUAUGGGUUUUCAAUUACGACUAAAUUUUUUAAACAAAUUCUUACCUUUUUGUUUAUAUUCACAUAUACUAAAGCAUAUAUAUAUAAAUUAUCAAAUGAAUAUUUAGAAAUUAAGAAUGUGAAUAACAAAGUAUACUUGUGAUGAAAGCUGCAGCCUAAUUUCGGAGUAAAUCGUAAAUUGAAAGAAUCACAAUGAUGUUAGGGAUUGAUUUUUCGAUUAAUAGCUUGUAAAAAAAUAUAUAAAAAGGCAUAAAAGCCAGAUAAAAAAUACUUUAAUUUUAUUAGGCUUUUAUAACUUUAUUAUGCAUUAGCACCCUGUGUCUGUGGGUAAUGCAUUCCAAGACUUGUCAUACCAUGCAUAAUUGCAAAUGCUAUAUAAAACAAACUAUUUGUGUAACAUAUAGAUUAAAUUAAUAUAUUAAGUAAAUAAGAUAAUAUUACAAUUGAAUAAAAUAAAAUAAAAAUAUUCUUUAUCCAGCAGUAUAUUACUGUCCUUCAUACCCAUAAAUAUCACAAGUAUACUCCUCAAAAAAUUAUAAAAAGUUAUUAAGUGAUAUUUAUGUAGUUUCUGGUGCUGAUUCAAAAGUGAUAAUGCUUUUUUUUCUUCCCCUCUUUCAUGUAAGGUUUCUCUGCAACAUAAGUUAAGACUUUUAAGAAAAAAGAUCAAAAACACAAUUUUUGGUACUUUUCACUUGAAGGCAAAGAUCACUUGGGGUCAUGUGAUAUGAACCGGCGAAUCAGGAUGCUGAACCAUAAAAGCAUAAUAAAUUCUUAAAUUAAUAUCUUUACAA